GUCCAAUUGAAGAGGAUGAGCAGCUGUUUCGAGUCCCAGGACAAAUGUCCCACGUCUGUUCGCGUAGUUUUUCAACUGUAUCCGAACCUGCGCAUCACCGUAUUGUUCUUCUUGGAAGGAUGUUGCGUUUCAAAGACGGCGUUGUGUGUUGCACUACGUCGAAGCUUGGUGACACAUGGUCUGCUCGUCAUUCGGCCAUAAUUCAACUGAUAAUUGUGAUUGCGACAAAAGAUCAUACUAAGUUCUGGAUGUAGUUGCGCUGGUCUUGGUUGCGAGUACCGUUUUAUCUCUUGCCCUUCUUGAUCUGUAGGGGUGUGUGUGCGUGUGUUUUGAUUGAUAGUACUGUGCGGCAACUGUCAACGUUAUCUUAGCAAACCUUAGGUCUUGCGCACCAUGUGUCUGGGGCUACUGAACAAGACGAUUACUACGUAGGUACAAACUAGUUUCGUGAAUCAUCUUCAUACUUGACGUUUUCUACAUCAAAGUAGUGAUAAUAGACAUGGCCUUUUCUCUGUUUCACUCCAAAAUGCAACCUGGCGUCUUCCUAAAUAAUACAACAUUUGCUUAUUAUUUUCUUCGGGUAAAAUGAUUAUCAAGUCACUUUUUCAUCAAAAACUUAGGUCGCGCGAAAGAAAGCAGAGUGCUUCGCAG